CCCGGCUACCCGUCGUCUGAAAAAGAAAAUGGCGUCCGUGGAUUCUCAGCCUCGGUUCGGUCAGUCUGUUAAAGGGUUACUGUCCGAUAAAGUAGGCUCCUGCAGUGGGGAUGUGAUUGCCUUGACCCGCCAAGUGCUGAAGGGAUCUCGGAGUCAGGAGCUUCUUGGUCAAGCAGCAAGAAAUAUGGUCAUUCAGGAGGAUGCCAUUCUGCACUCUGAGGAUAGUCUGAGAAAAAUGUCCAUUAUCACCACACAUUUACAAUACCAGCAAGAGGCCAUCCAGAAGAAUGUGGAGCACUCUAAAAACCUGCAGGACCAGCUGAGACACCUGCUGAAGUGACGGAGCAGCAAACUACUGUAAGCUGACAAUGACGCACUGAAGAAGGCUCCUGUGUCAAUGCUGCCCCAGCAUGAUCUGAAGCAGUCUUAAGUGUUUUCACAUUCCAGAUACACUGCUGGCUGAUUCAGUUGUGAUUCCAUCAUUUCUCAAUACAGUGAAGUGAAGUGCUGCUCUGUACCAAACACAAACAUGCCUGUGCUUAAUAAUGUUUCUGCAAAGCAUGGACCAUAUGAUGCCUUUUGAGUUAUGUCACUUUUAUUAUGUGUAUUAAAAAAUACUGUCUGUGUCA